CUUCCCUCUCUUCUCCCCAGUGCCUCGCAGGGUCGCAGUUCAAAUUUUCUGAGAAAAAUGAAUUUCAGUGGCAACACCCCAAACUCUGUUACUUUCCCACCAUCCAAACAGCUCCAACUCAACCUUCAUCAAGCCUUCAAUGACUUCCAAACCCACUGUUCCAACCUCUUCACUCACUUCUCCCACCAUCUCACCCUCUUAAACCCCGAACCCCACCUCCGCUCCACUCUCUCCUCCCUACAAACCCACGCAAAGAAUGCUCUUGACGCCAAUUUAUCGCGCUUGAAUUCAUGUGCUGCCUCAAAGACGCGAGCUUGGGCUCGCGUUGUGAAUAAUAGCCAAAACCCAAUAAAUUUCAGUCGCAAAGGUGCUGCCUUGUCGAAUGACGUCAUUGAAGAGAGAUUAGAGGGGAUUCCCGUGUAUGCUUUGAGCAAUUCUGAUGAGGAAUUCGUUUUGCUUUCGGGUACUUCCAAUAAAAAGUCUCUUGGGUUGUUAUGUUUCAACAAGGAGGAUGCCGAGACCCUGCUUGAGCAGAUGAAGAGUAUGGAUCCAGGCAUGAGGAGUGGAUGCUCUAAGGUGGUUCCUGUUGCUUUGAACAAGGUUGUCCAGCUAAAGGUUGACGGUGUAGCAUUUAGGUUGAUACCAGAGUCAACUCAAGUCAAGAAUGCUCUUACGGUGAGAGAAAACACUGGUUUCCCUGAUGAUGUAUUCCAUGGAGUUCCUGUUUUCCAGUCCCAGAACUUGAUACUGAGAAGUGGAAACAAAAGUUAUCGGCCAGUUUUCUUUAGAAAGGAGGAUUUAGAGAAAUCACUAGAAAAGGCUUCUCGACAGCAGCGCCAACUAAAUCCUGCCUUCAGAAAGGAGGAUAUUCAGGUUGCUGUUUUUGAGGAAAUAGUUAACGGGAUGAAGGACAGUGCUACUACAAAGUGGGAUGAUGUUGUAUUCGUCCCUCCUGGUUAUGAUGCUUCAACUGAUCCCAGCCAGCUAUCGAAAACGGCAUAAGGAGGUUAUAAUUGUAGACUAUAGAAUAUUAUGUAUAGUUUAGUUUCUUUUAAGUUGUGGCAUGAACUUGCAUCAUGCAUUUCACAUGUCAAUUAGGGAUUAAAUUGCUGUUUACAUGAAUUAUUAUGUUUAGUAAAGCAACUGAAAACAACCCAGAAUUGAUGAUUUCGAGGGAUUUAUGAACCCGAAACGGGGUUAAUC